AUGGACUUCUGGGAACAAGUGGUCAAGGCUCAUGGUGUCCCUAAUACCGAGGACGAGAAAGCUGAAAGGAUCAUUGGGUCGGUGAUCGCCCAAGAGUACCAUGUGAUGAUCCAGGAAGGACUUGAAUAUUCAUAUGUGACUAAUGGACUUGCAUUGAUCCUUCUGCGGGUCCCCUGUGACGACCCAGGCACUCUGUAU